UUCUUGCGUGUGAUUGGCCGGGUGGGCGAGGGGGAGGAGCCAAUGUGGCUGGCAGACCCUGUAUAUUCCACGAACCCUGGCUGUGUUCCUACAACGUCACCAUGAAGAUCACUUUGGCGAGCAUCUCUUUGCUGAUGCUUCUGAGCGAUGUCCACGCCAGCGUCCAGCCGCAGAAGAACUUUGACCUUCAGAGGUUUGCAGGGAGGUGGUAUCGGCUCGGCCUGGCCUACGAUUCGCCGGGUUUCGUGCGGCACAGAAGCAGACUCACCGUCUCGAUGGGCACCGUGGAGCCGAAGGAGAACGGGAACGUCAACAUGACCAUGUGGAGUUUAAGCUCCUCUGGCUGUCAUUCAAAGGUCUACAUUUAUAAGAAGACGUCUGUUCCUGGCGUCUUCACCUACUAUAGCACUCGUCACCGAAGGGUGAAGGAUGUCACCGUGGUGGAGACCAACUACACGGAGUACGCCCUGGUCCUCAAACACAAGAAGUUUAACAAGGAGUUCACGCAAGUGGCCCUUUACGGUCGAACUAAGAAGCUGAGGGCGGAUGUGAUGGAGAAGUUCAGAGCGUACGCCGCAGGUCAAGGAUUCCCUAAAGACUCCAUACUGACUCCAUCAGCCGCUGUCCUUUUAGAAGACUGUCCUCCUUCAGGAAGUUAGUCACCGUUCGAGCCGGAGGAAGCACCCAUCACUCUUAACGUGCUCAAAUGAUGUCUGUUUGUGACAGUUUGAUGUCAUUUGUUAUAUUUAUGAUAGAUAUAUCGCGUCUCUGAGGAUCUUGUCUGGCAAGAAUAAAACUUUUUUUCUGUUUA